GUCAUGGGCCGCCCGCUCCUGGAGUUCAUCCCCCCCGAGUUCAGGAAGGAGGUGAACGCGGUGUUCGACCACGCCUGCUCGGGAACCGCCUCGGACAACUUUGAGGCGCCCCUCAGCACGAAGGACGGUAAGCAGCUCGACCUGCUGCUGAACGUGGCGUGCCGCCUGAACGCCCAGGGCGCCGUCGUCGGCGUGAUCGGCGUGGGCCAGGACAUCACGGUCCUCAAGGAGGCCAUGGACGAGAGCCGGCGGAUCGCGGACGACCUGUCCCGGCUGAUCGACAGCGCCAACGCGCCGAUCUUGGGCAUCGACACCCAGGGCAGGGUGACCGAGUGGAACCAGAAGUCGGCCGUGAUCUCCGGCUGGACCAAGCACGACACCGUAGGCCGGAUGGCGUCGCAGGAGCCGCUGCUGGCAUUGCCCGCACCCCCAGCUGCGCCGAGCCACUGCGCAGGCGGCCGCAGCGGCGGCCGCGGCGCCGGCGGUGGGCGUGCGGGCGAGGGCCAGGCGCUGCCCAGGGCGCUGCUGCUGGCGUGGCUGGCGCGGCUGCGGCACCUGCACAGCGCCUGCAGCGACCCGCUGCUGAAGGCGCUGGCGCUCUCCGCCUGGGGCGGCGGCCACAGGCCUGGGGGGCCAGCGCCCCGGCCGGGCGAGCUGCUGGCGGCCUUCCGCGAGUCGGUCCAGCACGUGGAGGGCGUCACCGUGGCGCGCGCCGCACGGGAGGUGCUCUCGCCGCUGCUGGCCGCCUGCCAGGCCGCGAGGCGCCGCCGUGGCGAUCCCACGGAGCUCGCCAUAUGCUUCGUGGCCCUCUGCCGGGCUCUGCAGGUGCCGGCGCGGCUGGUGCUCGCCUUCCAGCUCGGUAACCCUGCCGCUGUCGCCGGCGCGAGCUGGCCGCCCGCCGCGGCGCGGGGCGGCGGUGGUCGCGGAGGCAGCCGCAGGCUGUCUGGUCGCGGCAUUGGCGGCGCAGGGGCCGCAGGAGGGGCAGCGGUGGACGCGCCACUGGACCCCACGAUGGCCGCCGAGCUGGAGCAGCUCACCAGCAUGGGCUUCGCCGGGGACGCGGCUCUGUCGGCGCUGCUGCACAACGAGGGCGCAGACGACGGCGAGCGCCUGGCACGAGCCAUCGAGUUGCUGAGCUCGCAGGCGCCACCCGCUGGCCACGAGUGCGGCGCGCAGGGCGGCCGCGCGCAGCUCCGCGGCCGCGGGGCUGGCCCUGCCGCCGGCGGGGGCGAGCCUGGCGACCUGGACGCGAUGACGAGCAUGGGCUUCCCGCGCGACUCCGCCGCCGCCGCCCUCCUGCAGGCCGGCAGCGAGGGCGGCGACUCGGGGGCCCGCCGCCAGCGCGCCACGGAGCUGCUCCUCGGGUGCGCUGGGCCUGCCGGCCCCGCCGCCGGCGCGCCCGUCGAGGUCGACCUGACGGCGGCGGCGCCCGGCGCCUCGCCCGGCCCAUCAUCGUGCGGGCUCUGCGGCGCCUCGGGGCAGGCAGGGACUUUCUGCGGCGACUGCGGCGCGCGCCUGGCGACCCCAGCGGGCACCGCCUCGGGCAGCGCGGCCCCAGCGCUGCCCGCCGGCCCGGGCCUCCUGGAGGGCGCCCCGGACGUGGAGGCGGAGGUCGCAGCCUGGCCCGAGGUCUACGACCUGGAGAGCCGCGGCUGGCUCUCGGUGGACAUCGUCUUCGCCUUCGCGGCCACGCACCCGGUCCGGAGUGGAUGCACCGGGGCACGCCCAUGCUCUGGCUCUGCGCCGCCGACGACGGGGGUCUGGGUUCAGGACGACCCCCAGCACUGCACCUUCCACGACGUCACGCCCCGCUACUCGCCGGCCUGGUGGCGCGUGGAGCAGGCGCGGGGUCCGCGCUCCCUGCAGCGGUGGUGGGACGCGGCGCUCGAGGCGCUCUCCAGCCAGGCGCCCGCCUGGCCCGCCCUCGGCAGCAGAGAGGACUCUCGACGAGGAGGCCACGCUCGCCUGGGCCCGCGCCGCGGAGGCCCGGGAGCGCGACGCCGAGUUCCUGCGGGAGCGGCGCACCGCGGGCGGCGUGCCCACGACCAAAGGGGCGCUGAAGGGGCACAAGAAGUACGUCCUGGAGUCGGGGCUGAGCAGGUGGGAGGCCCUGGUGCCGGGCGCGCGCAGCGUCGGCGCCGUCGGGGCCCACCGCUCGGCGCGUCUUCCUGCGCUGCGACGUGCGCAGACUGCGCCCGCCGGUGCAGUGGAGGCGGCUCGGGCGGCAGGUCCGCGAGGGCGAGGCUCGGGCGGCAGGUCCGCGAGGGCGAGGCGCCGCUCAACAGACGCCGAGCCGCACGGGGCCGCUGCCGCUCUUCGGCGAGUGGCAGACCGCCCCGCGGGAGGACGGCUGGACCUGGGGCCCCGGCACCUUCACGGAGCCCGAGGGCGAGGCCAGGGACGAGGGCGGCGGCGGCGACGCCCGGCGCAAGCGCCGGCGCACGAAGUCGGGCCCCGGGGGCGCCGCGGAGGAGGGCGCCCCGGGAGGCGGCGGGGCGGGCGGAGAGGACGAAGAGGAGGGGUGGCUGCGGGAGUGGCGGCAGCUCACCAUGCAGCGCCUGGCCGCCGAGCUGGCGCGCUACCACGGCGACCCGCCGGCCCGGCGCGCGAGGCUGCGGCAGUGGCAGCGCGCGUACCACCCGGACAAGAAUCCGGGGCGCGACGCCGAGGUGCUGCCCAUCUUCCGCUGGGUGCAGGCCCAGUGGGACCAGUGCUUCCGCUCCGCCGCGGACGCGCCAGACGCCCCCGCA